AUGAGCGGCAUCGACGUGGAGGCGCUUCUCGACGCCACAGCAAAGUCACCAGAACAGAAGAGCCCCAACAAAACCACGGGCGAUCUCAUCAGAGACGCGCCCGAUCGACGCGACCGCGAUCACGACAGAGACCGCCUUCGUCACUGCGACGGAAGCCGGACCCGCGAGAGGGAUCCUCGCCGUCGGGAUCGUCUGAGCCCGCACCGCAGCCGUCGUGGUACCCCUGACGUUGGCACGCCGCGAAGUGAUACAGGCAGCCACAAGAGUAGGCGCAGAAGUCGCAGCCGUGACGACGAUCGCCAUCGCUCACGACGGAGUAGAGACGGUGAUUACUAUCGCAGUGGCCGAGACCGUGAUCGCUCGCGGUCUCGCUCGCCCCACGGGCGGUACAGACCCCGUGACGACCGUGACAGAAGAGACAGGCGUGACAGAGGCUCGGAUCGCAACGAGAACGGCCGAGCGCGCGACGCUGAGAAGCGUGAGCCUACGGGGGAUGACCCCGUGCAGCCCACGGAAGACGAGCGUGAUCGGAGGACCGUGUUCGUCCAACAGCUGGCCGCUCGUUUGCGUACCCGCGAGCUGAAGGAGUUUUUCGAAAAGGUCGGCCCUGUCAACGAGGCCCAGAUCGUCAAGGAUCGGAUUAGUCAACGAUCAAAAGGUGUGGGUUAUGUUGAGUUCAAGAACGAAGAAUCUGUCGCACAGGCUCUGCAGCUCACCGGUCAGAAGCUUCUAGGAAUCCCUGUCAUCGUUCAGGUUACCGAAGCAGAAAAGAACCGCCAGGCCCGCAACACGGAGAGUGGAGGGCAUCCGAACUCGAUCCCAUUCCAUCGCCUCUAUGUGGGCAACAUUCACUUCAAUGUCACCGAGCAGGACUUACAAGCAGUCUUUGAGCCUUUUGGCGAGCUCGAAUUCGUCCAGCUUCAGAAGGACGAGACAGGCCGAAGCCGUGGGUAUGGUUUUGUACAGUUCCGUGACGCCGUUCAAGCCCGGGAGGCACUCGAGAAGAUGAACGGCUUUGAUCUGGCUGGUCGUCCUAUCCGUGUUGGUCUUGGAAAUGAUAAGUUCACCCCUGAAAGUACUGCCAACCUCUUGCAGAAGUUCUCUGGCCGCGAUCAGAAUGGCGGCGGCGGCGGCGGUAGCAACGGAAACUAUCAGGGCUCAGCCUUUUCAGGCUCUGGCGGUCGUGGGGGCCAAAGCGCAGCCUUCGACCGUGCAGGUGGGCGCGAAAACGAGAAGACCGGUGGCGCAAGCGCCUUGGACGAUACAGACGUCGCCGGUGUUAACUUUAGCAACUACAGCCGAGACGCGCUGAUGCGUAAGCUUGCCAGGACUGACGAGGCUGGCAGCAAGGGCAACGACGAGCGCCAGACCGUGAAGCCAAAGGUCGAGACGAAGCAGCUGCCCGUCAAUGUCAACACGGCGAGCCGCUGUGUUGUGCUUCACAACAUGUUUGAUCCCAAUGAGGAAGAGGGUGACAGCUGGGUCAAGGAGCUGGAAGAUGAGGUGCGCGACGAGGCCGAGAAUCGGUACGGCCACGUUGUGCACAUCUCGGUCGACCCCAACUCCCGGGGAGACAUCUACCUCAAGUUCGACAAGGUUCAGGGCGGCGAAAAUGCCAUCAAAGGUCUCAACGGCAGAUACUUUGGCGGGCGCAUGAUCGACGCUUCCCCCGUUGUGGAUGCUGUCUACAGCAGUCUGUUCUCUCGUUCUCGAGCAUUUUGA